CACACCUUCGGCGUCAGUGGUAGUGACGGUCGUUGCGUGCGCCUUACUCGGUCAUACACCGACACUCACAUCGUCUAGUCGUGCUACUUAAGCAUACAGCAGUGGCGCACACACGUGAGAUCUUCUGGCGGGUUGUCGUUGAAUCUUCGACUAGACAAAGAAGAAAAAGAAGAAGAAAAAAAACAGCUGUCUUUGUCACCCUCUGUGGACGUUUCUCUUUUUCUCUCUAUCUUCCUCUCAUUCUGUUUUCACCCGUUGGUGUAGUUCAAAGGGAGGGAAAAAGAAGAAAAAAGAAGAAAGUAACAAAGAGGCGAAUGUGUAAGAGGAAGAAGAAAGAAAGGGUUGAUUGGUGAGAAGGAGGGUGAGUGGAAAGAAGGAUAGGAGGGAGGGAAGAAAACGUAACGGAGGGAGAAAAGGUAGCACAAAUAGCAAGUGGGGAUAGAAUUUUCGUUCGGAGCAGUAUCAGUCGGCUCUCGCGGCGUCAGUUAGAAAGAAUGCGCAUGAUCGAUUGCACGCGCUCUGAUCGGUCGGAGAUGUGAUACCGGAAGUAGAUACGGCGGUCUUAACCUGCGUCGCGUGCAGGUGCGGCCGCGGGUGCGUAUUACGAAAGGCGCGUAGGGAGCAGGUGCGAGGGUUGUCACCCUUGAAGGAUAGAGAGAAACAGAGGGUGGCAAAAGAAGGAGAAAGAGAUGACAAUACGUUCGAGCGUUGGUAAAUCGUCGUCACCAAGUGAAACGGCUAUGACGUCGAUCUUCUCUUCGUCUUACAUCAGGAAUUUAAAUAUGCAUCUGAUCUGCGCCAUUGCCUUUUGCUUCUUAAUUGCCCUCGACCGGCCGGCCUUUGGCCAACCAGAUCCACCUGAAUCGACCACCAUCGAAGAUCGAGGUAAUAAGAAAUUUGGCGACAAUUGCGAAGCUGACCGCGAUUGUGGCUUUGAUGGAUCUUAUUGUGAAGCGAAGAAGAAUAUAUGCACCUGUAAAGAAGAAUUUAAAGUUACGAAUCAUAUUGACAAAUGUGGACACCCGGCGAACGUUAACGAGAGCUGCUUCUUUCACGAACAAUGCGAGGCACGAGUGAGCCAAACAGAGUGCAGGGACGGUCGAUGCAUUUGCAUCUUCGAGAAAAUUCCGGUGACGCAGCCCAACGGUGUCAUAGUUUGCAUUGCGGAGCACAAAGAACCACCCAGUUUGCAAUAUGUGGACCCAGCGAUGAUCGGAGUUCUCGUUGGCAUGGCAUUGAUGUUUAUCAUUAUAUGCGUCGUUCUUAGACUUUUCAGCAAAGCACGUUGGCGAGAGAAUCGAACGAUUUUCAACACUCCCAAUGCACGAUUGAUGAACGUAUCCUUGUUAAGGGACAACAAACUUCUACAUACUCAGGAACGUCGUGGUUCUAGGGCAAGUGUACGCGUACCGUCGAGGCAACCCUCGAUGGUCUCCUUGCGUGCACAUUCGCCAAACGCCUCGCAAGGUGCGAAACACACUCAGCACUCUCAGCACAGAGUGAGCCGGUCACGUACAGGAUCGCGACGUGGUAGCCGUGGUAGCAGUGGCAACGCAUCGGCCGUAUCAACCAAAUCAAACAACAAAUCUCCACCAAAUAAUCCUCAAAACAACGUGACGGAUCCGGUCUUGGAAAACGUCACCGUUGAGAUUCUCGAACCCAAAGCGUAGAUCAGAUCGAUUGUCCUAACCCGCUUCUCUCGCUUAAUCGACCAUAUUUCGUAGAUUUUCAUCGCGAUAACUUUUUUUUUCAUAACGACUAUAUAGUAAGAUCAUUUUCUUAUCUUCUACUAUCGCGAAGAAAACUUUAAUCCGAUUGUUCUAACAACUCGUCUCGGAGACCACAUCGUUAAACUAAUAUUGGCAAUCAUUUCUUCUUCGAACUGGAAAAUAAAAAAAAAUAAAUAGAAAAAGAGAGAAAGAGAGAGAAAGCGAGCGAGAGGGUUAAUGAAAUUAUCAAGAUUUUUAUCGCUCACGCGUUUUUUCAAAGUUUCGAAAAAGCGACGAAAUUUCGCACUUAUUUGCUCGAUGGAAAAUUAUAUAGAGAUUAUCCGAAGAAUUCGAUCGAGCGUCCCUUAUUUUGCAUUUUAUACUUUUUAAUGAAAAUGAUUAUAUAAAUAUCAAGCUAUAUUUAUGUACAAGUUUGUACAUAAAUGGAUUAAAAUAUCGAGAAGAAGAAAAAAAAGAAAACAGAAUUAAUCGUGUAUCAUUUUCACAUAAGAACAAAAAUAUUAAUAAAAUUUACUAAAAAAAAAAGAAAAAAGGAAAAAAGACUGUUGAACAAUUCAUCGGAUGAUCUCUGUAUUCCAUUGUACUUCAUUUAAUAUUCAUACACAGUAAUUUUCGCGUCUAUACCGAAACAAAGUUUUACUCGUGAAAUCUCCAUCCAAAGUGUGUGUUUAAUGGUUAAAGGAUAAUUAAUGACGACCAGGCGUGAUUGUAUGAAAGAUAAUAUCGAAUAAAAAAUAUGAGGAAUUAUUUAAAUCCUAUCCUCGUGAAUAGAGCAAAAAAAAACAGAAAAAAAAAAUAAGGAACGAUCGAAUUAAAUAUAUUUUACAUCGAAUUCAAUGUCACAACUCGACUGGUGUCACGAAGCCAAUACGAAAGGGACCAGACGAAAGUGUUUGAUUCAUGAUUCUGGAAAUAUAAAUAUCGAAAUAAUUCAAAACAUUAUCACAUCGUAAGCACUGCAAUUAGCACAACGUACGAUUUCCGAUACUGUUAAUCUUGUCCACGAUUUGAUCGUAUUGAAAUAUACGAAUAUUCGAAUGACGUUAAGAGAGAAGAGAAAAAAGAGCUAACUAUAGAAGAGCAAAUAAAACUAUUCUUGUAGUAUUAUGCCCAAACUAUAAAAUACAUUAGAAUCUUCACUUUAAAAAAUUUUCAAAAAAAUCUAUUUAUAAUUGGAUCAUGACUUUUGAUCAUAUACUAGUCUCGAAUAUUCGUUUCAUUCUGAUACCGGAAACCCUAAUUCAAUCGUACGAUCAAUAGAAGGUAAUAAAUUAUCUAUAUGAAUCGAUUUAGAUUUAAAAAAAUAUAUAUUAUACAUACGCAUAGGCUUCUAUAUUUCGAGGUGAAGAUUUUUGAGGAUAUUUUCCAAAUGGAAAUCAUCUUCAUAGUAUUAUUAUAGAAAUGAAAUCGCAGCCGACCAUACAUCAGCCAACAAUUUAAUAAGUUUCAUGUAAAAAAACAAAAAGAAAGAAAAACGAAAAAUAAGACGAGAAAUAUAUGAAUAUUUACGUAGAUAUGUAUUGAGAUCCUCGUUAUUAAAUAGUCAAAAAUGAAUUGCCAUCUAGCAAAAUUUAAAGAAAAAGUCGCGGAUAAUUCAAACGAUCGCCUCGAAACACGCCUAGAUAGAAUGACCAAUGGUAAAUCACAACUUUAUAUAUAUAAAUAUAUAUAUAUAUAUCUUAUCUAUCUCUUGAAUUCGCACAAGGAGAUCUUUAAGAAGAAAAGAUGCUUUGCAAGGAUCAUAUUAAGACAUGAAAAUUAUAUUUCGAAUUUCUUAAUGACUUAUAAGAAUAUCGUUAAAUAAAUAAAAGAAAGAAAAGUAAGAAUCCAGUACGAUUGUAUCUGAGCAAUUUAGUGCCUGCGUCUCGCGUAUAUUAAUGGACUAUUAUAAAUGAGACAAAAAGAUAAAUUCAUAUAUAUACAUAUAUACAUUAUAUGUAUACAUAUAAAAUAUAUAUAUAUACAUAUAUAUAUCAAUAUAAAGUGUAUAUUCAUAAUACAUGCACACACAUACACACACAAGUAUAGACGCGAGCAACAUAAAAGAAAAAAGACAAACGAUAUAUGAAUCGUGUAAGUACACGUUUACUUGUGUGUGCGAUUUUAACAAAGCUUAAAAAACUAACACUAUUCGUAGACUGUUUUUCUGAAAAACGCUCAUUGACUAUAUCUGCUCUGUGAUCCAUAUGCAACAUAUAUUAUCACGUUGUUCUUCAUUCUCCCUCGUUACUAUUAUUAUUAUCAUUAUUAUUAUGACACGAUUAUUGCUAAUCGCAUGGAGUGAAAACUCGCUUAGAUUUUUUAUUCCCGCACCUGUGAAGUCUUUAAUAACAUUCUAGUAUCUACUUUCGCAUAACUUUGACUAGAUUUUAAGCCUCUACUGCGCAAAGCGCUCGUAAAUUAUUUACAUAUAGAGAAAAAGGAUUAUAAAGAAGAAAAAGAAAGAAAAUAAAACUCAGAGGGAGGGGAACAGUAAGUGUGUAUGUGUGUGUGUGUGUGUGAAAGAGAGAAAGAAAGAAAUUAGAAUGAACGAAAAAAGGAAUGAAUGAUAAAAGAGAGAAAGAAAAAGAGUGUAUGUGUCGCAUAUGCGCAAAUCUACGCUUCGUCUGACAUUCUUAAGAUUAGGAUAAAUAAAUCGCUAAGAAAAAAGUCGAUUGAAUUCCGAAACGAAAUUGGGGGAAGGUUUCGAUUUCAGGAUUUGAUCGGAUUAUUCGGCGAUAUUAUUAGUCCAUCGUGUAAAACACAUAUACAUAUAUAAAAUAAUACAUUUUAAGUAGGUACUUUACGUUAUAUAUAUAUAUAUAUAUAUAUAUAUAUAUAUUUUAUAUAUUUAUAUAUUUAUAUAUAUAUAUAUGAGUAUCUAUAAAUAAACGCAUAAAAUGUAAUAGCAUAAAACGUUGAAUAUACUUUUGCUAUGCAACGCGUGUGUCUCGAAGGAUUCAUUGAUUCGAAUAAGGUCAAUGAUAUCCUUUGGUUCUUCUCAAACCGUAGAAAGAUUUAACGAAUAAAAACUACGAAGCUUAGCGAGCGUUUGAAAUAGCUAUUUAUUAGAGCGAACCGAUCGAUCGCAAAGAAUAAAAUAAACCAAAAGAAAAAAAAAAA